AUGGAUGUUGAAAAUUGCAACUGUCUAGGAUCAAGAAACAGAAACAUUUGGUCAAGUUACGAGAGAAUUGGCCACGACCCUAUUGUAUGUGUCAAUGAAUUUAUGAGCAAAAUUAAGAUAGCAAAGUUGAAAACACUGUGGAGGAAGAUCAAGAGAGAAAAAAAGAUGAAAACUUUUAGAACAUCUUCAUCUAUUUUUCUCUAUGAUCCUAACUCUUAUUUACAGAAUUUUGAUGAUGGUUAUUUCAAUGAUCCUGAUCAUUUUUCAGUGUCGUUCUCUGCUCGAUUUGCAGCACCACGCUCCAAAAUGUUCGUGAAGAAUAUUGAAGUGAUGAAUAAUGAUGAAAUAUUGGAGAUCAGUCAUGAGAGCUAG